AUGAUGAAAUCAUUUUUGGCAUCCAUUUUCUUUGCCACGACCGCUCUGGCCGCGAGCCGCAUGACGGCUCCUGAGGGUGCCAUUGUCGUUGCUAAGUCGGGAGGUGAUUAUGACACGGUCAGCGCUGCUGUUAAGGCCUUGAGCACCACCUCAACCUCAACCCAGACCAUCUUCAUCGAGGAGGGUACCUACGACGAACAGGUGUACAUUCCAUCCUUGGCCGGAGAGUUGAUCAUCUACGGCCAGACCGAUGAUACUACCAGCUACUCGGGCAACCUGGUCAACAUCACCCACAACAUCAAUCUCCCUAUGCAUGUGUAUGUGCUGACCAACAAAAUGGGCACUGUUCGUAACCACUCCCCUAACUCCUCCAUCUACAACCUCAACAUUAUCAACACCGCUGGCCAAGUUGGCCACCAAGCCUUGGCUGUGAGCGCCUAUGGAAAUGGCCAGGGAUACUAUGGAUGCCAGUUCAAGGGAUAUCAAGAUACCCUUCUCGCCCAGAGCGGAAAUCAGGUCUACGCUCACACCCUGAUCGAGGGCGCUGUUGACUUCAUCUUCGGCCAGCAUGCCCGCGCCUGGUUCCACGACUGCGACAUCCGCGUCCUCAAGGGCCCCAGUUCUGGCUACAUCACCGCCAACGGUCGCAGCUCUGAAACCGACAUAUCGUACUACGUGAUCCACAAGUCUAACAUCGCUGCUGCUUCCGGCAACGACGUCCCCUCGGGUACCUACUAUCUUGGUCGCCCCUGGUCCCAGUAUGCCCGCGUCCUCUUCCAGAAGACCUCUAUGAGUGAUGUGAUUAACUCGGCCGGCUGGUCUGAGUGGUCGACUACCAAGGCUAACACUGACAAUGUUACCUUCGCGGAGUACGGUAACACCGGAGCUGGAGCGAAGGGUAAGCGCGCUAGUUUCUCGGAGAAGCUGAACGAGCCCGUCUCUAUCUCGACGAUCCUGGGCUCUGAUUGGCAGCGCUGGGCUGACACUAGUUAUAUUAACUAA